GGGCACUUUCACUUUCAUUUCCCAGGAUGCAAACCCGUGGCGCUGCAGACAAGCAGAAGAGAAAGCGAGGAAAAGAGCUUGGCUCUCUGUCUUCUGAGGAUCAUGACUUUGACCCUACAGCUGAAAUGUUGGUACAUGAUUAUGAUGAUGAAAGAACUCUGGAAGAGGAAGAAAUGAUGGAUGAAGGAAAAAAUUUCAGUUCUGAGAUUGAAGACUUAGAAAAGGAAAGAAGCAUGCCAUUAGAAGAUUUACUAGCAUUCUAUGGUUAUGAACCUACAAUUCCUGUUAUAGCAAGUUCCAGCGCAGAUAGUUCCCCAAGCGAACUUGCAGAUGAACUUCCAGAUAUGACUUUGGAUAAAGAGGAAAUAGCCAAAGACCUUUUGUCAGGAGAUGAUGAAGAAACACAGUCUUCUGCUGAUGAUUUGACACCAUCGGUUACUUCACAUGAAACAACAGAUUUUUUUCCUCGACCUUUAAGAUCAAACACUACCUGUGAUGGCGAUAAAGAAUCUGAUGGUGAAGAUGUGGAAGUAGAUACUGGUAAUUCAUCUGAAGAUUUGCGAAAGGAAAUAAUGAUUGGUUCACAAUACCAAGCUGAAAUACCACCUUUCUUAGGCAAAAGUUGCAAUGAUGAAAAAGCAUAUGAAAAUGAGGACCAGCUACUUUGGCAACCUGACAUUAUUUCAGAAAAUAAAGUUAAAGAGUACCUUUUUGAAACUUCUGUAAGAACGGGAAAUGAAAAAAUAAUUGGUAGAAUUCCUGAUGGAGUGCAUAUCCGGGACAAUGAACAAGCACUCUAUGAACUCUUCAAGUGUAAUCACAAUUUAAAGGAAGCUAUUGAGAAAUACUGUUCAAAUGGAAAGACAUCACAGGAUAUGACAGCUUGGACAGAAGAAGAAUGUAGAAACUUUGAACAUGCACUUCUGAUAUAUGGGAAAGAUUUUCAUCUUAUACAAAAAAAUAAGGUGAGAACCAGGACAGUUGCUGAAUGUGUAGCAUUUUAUUACAUGUGGAAGAAAUCUGAACGAUAUGAUUACUUUGCUCAACAAACAAGAUUUGGAAAAAAGAGGUACAACCACCAUCCUGGAGUCACGGACUACAUGGAUCGGUUGGUAGAUGAAGCAGAAGCUUUAGGUGGUGCAGUUUCUUCAGCUAUAAUGUCAAAUAAUAGACUAGAGCCCAUUCCUGAUCAACAACUAAGCAUCCUGAAUUCAAUCACUGCCAAUGAUUUGACAGCACUGACCAAUAGCGUAGCUACAGUCUGCCAUUCUACAGAUGUGAACUCAGAAGACGUCUUCCCACCUCUGGACAGUUUGCCUCGAACAGCAGUUAAUCAUGUGCCUGUCGUAACAGAAGAUUUGCUUAACUUGCCUAGUAACGGUGAAAGUGAUUGUUUUAAUUUAUUUGAGACUGGAUUUUAUCAUUCUGAAUUAAACACCAUGAACAUGUGCGGUGAAGAAUCUGAAAGGCCUGCCAAGAGAUUGAAAAUGGGAAUUGCUGUCCCAGAAUCCUUCAUGAAUGAAGUUUCAGUGAACAACUUGGCUGUGGAUUUUGAGAAUCAUACACAUCAUAUUACCAGUGCCAAAAUGGCAGUCUCGGUAGCUGACUUCAGCAGUCUAUCUGCAAAUGAGACAAAUGGCUUUAUCAGUGCCCAUGCGUUACACCAGCACACUGCCCUCCAUUCAGAAUGAAUUCAAGCAGCAAAUUAAAUACAGUGAACACUGUUGGCAGUUUGUGGUAAACUUGAUGAAUUGAUCAGGUUUGCUUAGUCUUUCACUGGAAGUUUGAACUAUAUGACAUCAGUGAUGUCUUUAUGUACAGAACUAUAUCUUGAUUUAUCAAGAAUAAUUUCACUUUUUUCCAAUCCAUAAAUGUGGAAACUUCAUAUAAUAUCUAGCAGAGUUCGGGACUAAGAGAACUAUGUGGUACAGCUUUAAGCUCUGCUUCCUUUCUUUUUAAACCUGUAGAGAGACUGCUGUCUCAAAACCAGCACAGAAGUUCUGAACUUAAUAGAGUGGGUUUUUGUUCUAGGUUGCUUCUGUCCUAAUGGAUGCAGUGGAAUAAUGUUUGUUUACAGGUACCAGUUCUGAUCCUUGCUUAAUGUAGCAUUUAAAAAAAAAAUCAAAAGCAGGGAAACAUUUCUUUAAUUUAAACUGCACAACGACAAAAAGGAUAUUAUUAAAUGGAAGCUUCUGUCAUCUGAUAUUAAACCAGAGCACUUCAGUUUACAAAACAACAGAUUCAUCUUGGUGGAUAUUAGCACAAAAGACAGAGCAAAGUCUAAGGACAACCUUAGAUGCUCUUAUAAAAUUACAGGCCAUGGCUACCUUACACAAAAAUAGUUAUACUGUCCAAAGGUUUUGUGUACUUUAACGUAUUGGCUGAAAAAAUGUGUGUUAUUGGAACGGGGGUGGGGGAUAUCUAUAUUUCUAAGGAAUAGAAUUUGAAAACAUCAAGUAUUAUCUAACAUUGCUUAAAGCCACUAAGAAUGAUACAAUUUGCUCACUCCAAUAAUGAAUUACAUCUUGGGGUUGUCUUUACUUCAGAACAUGCAAUUCAAAAUAGCAUGAAAAAUUCUAGAUUAAUAGAUGGUGAUGAUGCAAUGAAUCUUUGAAUCAUUUUCAGCCAUUAGUGUAGUUUAAUUCCUGGAUUUAUUCAGACUUAAGUACAUUAAUAUUCCAGAGAGAAAUCUUUGACAAGAUUGUUCUGUGUUGAAGGAUUUGUGAAAGUUCACCAAAACUUUGGUUAUCAAUUAUAAAACUUGCCAAUUUUACACUGACACUUAUAUAUA